AUGUUCAAGGCUCUGAUGGGCAGUCGGUCAUCGUCGUCCACCGACGUGCGCUCCAAGAGCCGGCGCAAGACCGACAACUCCGAUGCCAAAUCGACCUCAAGUCGCAAAUCCUCACGGGGUGACGACCGUGACCGUGGCUUGGGCGAUUUAUCCUCGUACUCACCAUCGGGCUCCCGCACCAAGCGGGGGUCAUCUAGUGUCGCCGGCGACUCGAUCGCCUCCAGCUAUGUGACCGCGGAACCAGAAGCCAUGGAGGACUCCGAUCGCUACAUCAUUGAGCGCACCCCCAAACGCAGAGACAGUGACCGGGAGAGCAAAAGUUCUCGCCGCCGCGAACGCGACCGAUCUGUGAGUCCAGACCGGGAGAGAAGAAGAAGUCGACGGGCGACGAAUGAGACACUGGAUGACGGCGUGGAUCGGGAGCGGGAGCGGGAUCGCGACCGCCCUGAGCGUCGUCGCACCCAGUCUGGGGAUCAUUAUGUGCCGCCAGUGUCAACGAGCAUGCCGCCGCCGCCGAGCGCCCCCGCUGUACAGUUCGCCACCGAUAUCGCGGCGCCGGGCUUCUCGCAGUUCCCCAUGCAAUACGACACGGGCAUGCCGUCGGCUGGCCAUUCACCGGAGCAUGAGGUGCCUUAUGAUCCUCAUGUGCAGCAACAAUUCCCCGGUCAAUUCCCAGAAGGUGUUGCGCAACCGUACCUGCCGAUGAACCCUGCCGGCGCCGCGGCUGACUACUACGGGGACCAGGGUCAGUCAGUAGAGAUGCAGCCCGGUGUUCGCCCAGCGCGUCCAUCUGUACUGCCCAACACCCAGGCGCACUUGAUGGCCGCAUCGCCCACCGCCAACCCUCCCCCAGAGCCCAGUAGCAUGGGUCAGACUGGUGCGGCGGCGGCUUAUUUCGAUGAUGACUUCCAUGUCCCUACGCAACCUGUCAAGCCUUCCACAGCAUCUUCAUCCAGACCUUCAAAACCUCCCAAGCCUAGCAGACCUUCCUCAUCCAACGUGCUUCCUGCUGCCGCCGUUGGAGCUGCUGCUUAUGGCAUUUCUGGCAUGAUGUCUCACUCUCACAAUGAACAUUCGUCUUCUGAGGUGCACCAUUCUAGUUCUUAUAACCAACAAAUGACCCAGCCUAUGAGCCCACCAAUGACACAGCUAGCAGCUCAACCAAUUGCAAGCAGCAGCCAGAAGCCUACACACAGGCCCCCCCAUUCACACAGCUUCAGUGAAGGUGUUGGCCUGGCAGCCGCUGGUGGCGCAGCUGGAUACAUGAUGGGCCAUCAUCAUCAUUCCUCGAGCCCGGAACACGCAUCACAGCACGAUUUCCAGAAUUACGAGGGCUCAUCUCAAGCUGGUAUCCCGCCGUAUGCCCCAGGGUAUCCCAACCACAUCCAUACUCACAACCACAACCACAACCACAACAAUGCCCUGUAUGCUGCAGGUGCAGCGGGAUACGCCUCCAAUGCCGCUCAUAAUCCUGGAUUUUAUCCUCACGGCCCCGGUGCUCUUGCUCUCCAGGAGCGCGAACGUGGCCCACUCGGUCGAUUCGUUGAUUUCUGGCGCGAUCCCGAGGCAGUUGGAAGAUUCGAGGAUUACACAGAAUCAAUUGGCGUGUGCAAAUACUGCUUCCAACCUGGAACGACCUCCCUGGAUGCUCCCCGCAAGCAUCACUAUGACAGGCGCCGUCGGAACUCUGCUGAUCGAUACAGCAGUGCCAGCUCUUCCAGAGUGAGCAAGGUCAGCCGAUAUCAGUCAUCUGAAGACGAAAGUCGUCGACGCAAGAAGUCCAAGAAAUCCUCAUGGCUGCCCGGCAUGCUAGCGGGCUAUGCGACCAAGUCACUCUUCACGAACAAGGAGUUUGAUGAUUCCUACAGCGUCCGUUCUGGCCGAGUAAAUUCGUCCCAUGACGACGAUGACCGUAGGAGCUACACUUCUCGUGGCGUGGUCCGCCGUUCUGGUCGCAGUCCCCAGAGAGAUUACAACUCCGACGGGAAACGCCCAUCCGGACACUCACGACGAACACGCUCCCGAUCCCGCUCUUCGUCCCGUUCUGAUCGCCAUUCUUUCUUGAAGGAGGCUGCGCUGGGCGCUGCUGUGGGUGGAGCUGCAUUGGCUGUUACCAAGUCGCGUACUCGUUCCCGCAGCCCGUCUUCUGGAAGAGACCGACGCCGCAAGGAUUCAACCUCGUCGUCAUCCGUUGUGAAUCUCUCUCGCCGCUCGAAGAAAUCUGUCGCUGGUGGUAUCGGCUCCUUCUUCACUUCUUCAUCUGAGAACCGGAAGAAGCGCCAGAGCAAGAAAAGUAGUGGAUUCUUCUCUUUGAAAGGUGGCUCUUCAUCAUCUUCACUUGAUAACGACCUCGCUUUCGGAGAUGGGUUCUCAAAGAAGUCAUCCAAGUCCAAGAAGAAGGACAAGAAGGGUAAAGAUGUCGAUGCCGCUUUGGUAGGACUUGGUGCUACUGCGAACCGCCUGGCUGGCUCAUCGCCCCAUGGCCCUGGUCGUAGUGCUGGCCAGCUGUACACCAAAUCCCGUCAUUCCAACUACGCUUCAUCUGCUAACGACGAUGAGUGGAUUGAUGAAUCCGACCACUCUGCUUCUAGUGUCAGCUCCGCGCUGGCAUUCGGAGCAAGCAGUGUUGAUUCGUCUUCCGACUCAAGCGGCCGUUGGGGCUGGCUCCGGGGCAGCAAGAAAGACAAAAAGAAGAAGGACAAGAAGUCCAGCGGUACCAACACUGCUCUCGCAGUCGGUGCCGGUGCUCUUGGAGCAGCUGCCAUCGCUUCAGCUCGUCACCGUGAUAGCGAGCCCCCAAGCAGCUCUGGCAGUCUCCAACAAGUCUACCCUACGCCAACUUCGGAUCCAUGUCGCUUCGAUGUUGCAAAGAUGUCUCCUUCUGUGUCUGGUGGUCACCCGGCUCUCGUUCGCCCUGGACCGAUUCCCCUCCAGCAGCCACAGCCUGUCACCCCUGUCUCCCAAGCCGUGUUCACUACCCAGGGAGCUCUGCCAGGGUCGAUCCCUGCCUACAGUGCACCAGCGGUUCCUCCUGCCUUUGCCGCCAACGGAUUCGGACCUCAUGACAUGCAGUUCCACGACUCUCGGGAUGUGGUAUUUGCUCCUGAAGUUCCACAAUCCGAUGUACCCAGACCUCAUCGGCGCAGUGAUUCUUUCCCCAUUUUCCCAACACAGGAGACUGCUUCUGGCCUGAAGCGCCGGGCAACCGCAAAGGACCAGGCUUCCGUUCAAUUCAACCUGACGGAGGAGCAAGCGGAGAGGGAACGCCGCCUUGAUCGCCGGGAUCGGAGCUCCCGAGAUGACCUCUUCGCCCCGGCGCCUCUUCAGUUGCUCGACCGAGAAGAUGAAGAUCGCCAGGAGGCCGAACGUCUCGAUCGUCGCCGUAGAGAGCGAGAGGAAGAGGAUCGUCUAGAGAUGGAACGUCUUGAUCGCCGUCGCAAGGAGCGUGAAGAGGCGAAACGCGAAGAGGCGAGGCGCGAAGACGACAGGCGCCGAGAUACCAGUGAAAGAGAGAAUAAUUCUUCUUCUUGGGUUGGGGUAGCCGCUGCCGGAGCCCUUGGCGCUGCUGCUGCUAGCACCCUUCUCUCUCGCACCACAGAUGACGAUGAAGCGUCUGAAGCCAGCCUGCGACGCAAUGAACGCCGGGAAAAACGCCGUGCUGAGCGUCGUCGGGAAGGUGAGAUUGACGCCGAGUCAUCCCUUGUGUCAAGGUUCGAGCCUCCCCUGGCCAUUGAAGCAGCACCCGAGGUGCAGCACCAGGAACAGAAGAAGACACGCUCUCCUCGCCCUUACUCUCCCCGCCAACCACAAGUUUACGACGAUUACGCAGAGUUCUACGCCCCCGAAGAGUUACGACACAGCCCUGAUGACCACAAGCGCAGCGGAUCCAGCGGUAUGCCCACAAUUGUGGAAAUUGAGCCCGCUAGUGAGCGCCGCACCCGCGACGAACCUAAACGCGAAGAGCCGGACUAUUCGCACGAGCCUUACGAAAACGUCGACCGUCUCCCAUGGCCAGUCCCUCGUCUCAACUUCAUUGAGCCGACCCCUCCCCAGAGCACAAACGGUGGAUCCGUUCGUGAUGCCAACUCCCCCAUUGUAGCGCCCGAAGUAACAUCAUCCUAUGACACCAAGCCUCGUGAACGGUCAACCACUGGCUCCCGUGUCUCGUGGGGUGACGACAAGACCCAUGAAUAUGAGAUCCCAUCUUCCUCUGAACAAGACCCCCUGGAGCAUGACAUUUCUCCCUACGAGGAGGUUUCUCCCAAAGACGUCCCUCUGCCUGUCUCUGAGAUCAGUUCCACCAGGGAUAUUGCCAGCAAGUCUGACUACGGCAACGAUAUCGAAUUUGCUGCCACCCUUGCUGCCGCAACGGCCGCUGCAGGCUUUGAUCCCGCCAUGAUCACAGAUGACCCCGCCUACCACACUCGCACUUCUCCUCCCGGAUCGGAGGAUGAAGGACAUUUCAACUCAUCCUGGGCGAAACCACCCGCCAAGCCCCAUGGCUUCGUCGAAGGCGAAAUUGAAGAUGUCGGACCCGAAUCAAUCAGAGACGUGCCAGCUUCGAAGCAAAUAACCGACAGGGAUGAACUCUUCUUCGCUGAACCCGAGUCCUUUUCAAAGGACAGAGAUAUCUCAGCACGCCGCGACAAGUCCUCAAUCGCCCAGGAGGUUCUCGAGCAGUUGAACGGCAAGCGCGAUAAGCACACUCAACCCACAUCUCCCGAGCGGGAGCGCGAGCGUGAUGUUGACAUCGAUACCUUCUCCAUGCCCGGUGGCUUUGACACAGCUGAUUCGAGAGAUGUCAUUGAUUCCCGCGAUGAAAGAUCCGUCUUCUCUGCCCCUGGCCCUACAACUCAAGAUCCCGAGUCGCCUACCCAAUCCAAGAAGUCCAAGUCCAAGAAGAAAAGCUCCAGGAAGAGCAUUGAUGACUUUGACGAGAAUCGUUCUAUUGUCUCUGCCCCCGCUACUAAAGAUGAGACAUCGAAGUCUAGACGAUCUAGACGCAGCGGUGAUGAUUUCGAUAUUGCCCCGUUGCAAGAUGUUACUGAUCCUCGCGAUGAUACCCGCUCUACUUUCUCUGUUCCGGCUACUAAGGACGAGACGUCUAAGUCGAAGAAGUCUCGACGCAGUGGUGAUGAUUUCGAUGUUGCUCCGUUGCAAGACGUUAUUGAUCCUCGCGAUGACACUCGCUCUACUUUCUCUGUUCCCGCUACCAAGGAUGAGACGUCUAAAUCCAAGAAGUCUCGACGCAGUGGUGAUGAUUUCGAUGUUGCUCCGUUGCAAGAUGUUACUGAUCCUCGUGAUGAUACCCGCUCUACUUUCUCUGUUCCGGCUACCAAGGAUGAGACGUCUAAAUCCAAGAAGUCUCGACGCAGCGGUGAUGAUUUUGAGAUCUACAGAUCGCGAGAAGCGCCUGAGUCCCACGGAGAGGAGGGCGAGGAGAAGAGAAGACGCCGCAAACACCGCUCCAGACAUGGCAGUGAUACCUUCUCCAUUGAUGAUGAUGCUCGCUCUGCUAUCACGGAUCUGGCAGAUGAUAAAUCUGAGCGCCGCAAGCACCGUCACCGCUCAUCUCGCGACUUUGAUGAUACGGCCUCUGUAACUUCUUCUCCCGCCAGAAUCAGCGAGUCCCGCGAGAGACGCAAGAACAAGGAUGAAGAAAAAGAGAAGAAGCCAGGCGGCUUCUUGAGAAGUAUCUUUGGGUCUCAGGUCUCAGCUCCCGCCGAGCGAGCCCGUUCAUCCUCAGUGGACAAGCGUUCCUCCCGCGAAGCCCUGUCUGAAGUCGGUGUUGAUGAUGAACGCCGUCGCCGCAAGAAGCGUUCUUCCAAGCACCGCAGCUCCAGUAAUGGAGAUGAAUUAGAUGAUGCAUCUGACAAGGAGAAGGAUGUCGAGGAUGGCACAAAUCUGGAGGAUUACAGGUCCAGUAGACAGCGCAAGGAAGAGCGACGUCGGCAUCGGUAUGAGGAAAUUGUGGAUUCAGGACGGAAACGGGAUUCUGAGAAGGACUUUAAUGACGACUACGACAAUCAAUCUUUUUUAAACGAGCGCCCCGGAACGCUAGUCGCGGCUGAGCGCGAUGAUCACGACCAUGAAGGUGGUGCUUCGGGGCUCCCAUCGGCAGCAGGAACCGCCCUCGGCGCAGCCGCAGGCCUAGGUCUUGGAGAGAUGCUCCAGCAUAGACCCCGAAGCCGCUCAACCUCACCCCCAAGCACGGAGAAAGCUCUCGACCUGACUCCCAAGUCUCAGAGCAGACCGGCUUCACCUGAAACCAGCCGAUCGCCGAAGGCACGCCGCGGCUCCGUCGCCAAAUCAGUCACUGAGUCUCCAACAGCCGUGCCUCUCCACUUCCGCCGUCCCCCAACAUCGCCAGGCCUUUCCCGCGUUGUCCCCGUCGAUGCACCGAGCCUUGAAUCCCCCGGCUCACCAAGCCAACAACGCCACCGCCGUCCAGGCUCAGUCGAGUUCCGCAAUUCCCGUGAGAUCAGACCGCUAUGGCUAGUCGAACGCCACAGCUCUGUGAAGGGCGACUCCGAGCCUCAGGAGGGUCUGCCCUCCCUCCCAUCCAGCAAGACCUCGUCUCGCGUCCCAUCCAUCGAAGACCUCAAAGCUCUCAAUGACGACGAUGGCAUCCGAAGCUGGGAGCAGGUUGACCUCAGUCACUCUAUGAUGGAGAACCGCCGACCUACAGGCCUGACAAUCGAGACGGAUCAUGCGAACGAGCACCACGAUCGCGAGCGUGAGAUUGAUCUCCUGGAUUCGCAGCAGGCUACUCCCACCGCCGAAACCUUCGACACUACCAGUCCCUCCGCCAAGCGAGAGAAACUCAAAUACGAGUUCCAUUCGCCUUCAGAGCUGCUGCGAAACCCGGAUGGCUUUGAGAAGUUGCCUGCCGAGACUCAGUUGGAGGCUCUUCCUCCUGCUGAGCCCGAGACUCCCCAAUCAGAGUAUGAGACUCCCGCUGAAGAUAUCCAGGAGAGUGAGUCUCAGAACAGCGGUGAUCUUGCCAUGGGAACAGGCUUCGCUGGCAUAGUUGAUGCUGCUGCUAUCGCUGCUGUGAAGGAAAGAGAAAACGAGCACUCUACCGAGCAUGCAGGCGAGUCUGAAUCUCGUGGUUUGCCAGAAGACGAAGGAGAGACUACGUCAGCUGAACCUAAGAUCCAUGGCUUUGGCGAUAUAGUUGAUGCAGCUGUUGCGACAGAAGUUGCUUCGCAUGAUAAUGCGCCUGCAGACGAGGAAAUCGGCGAGCCGGGUACUGCUAUUGAAGAGAGUGCUCCUGUUCAACUAAAUGCCGAGCAGCCGGUUGAAGCGUCAAGGGAUAUUACAGAAGAGUCUCUCCCUGAGGCGACAGAAAAGCCUGCUGAGACCGAUACUGCCGAGGAGGCGGCCAUGACUCCAGCUCAGAAGCGCAAGGCGAAGAAGAACAAGAAGAAGGGGAAGAGCCAAGAUCAAAGUGUGGAAUUGGUUUAUGAGGAUGUUCCCGUUGUUCAGGAAGAUGCUCCUAAAGAGGCUGAACAGGAGCCUACGGUCGAGACGCCUUCUGUCCCGGAUGCUCCUGUCGAGACUAGCACUAUUCCAGUUGAGCCAGAGACUGUCGCCUCCACCCAGGAAAAUAUCUCCGAGACUGUGCAGCCACAAGCCGAAGCCGAGCCCGUCGAAGCCUCGCGCGAUCUUGGUCUUGAGUCUUCUCUGGCGGUUGAGACCCCAGAGCCUAUUUCCGUACCUGAAACCGAGACCGAGGUUGAGCCUGAGGUCGCCAUGACAGCUGCUCAGAAGAAGAAGGCCAAGAAGGACAAAAAGAAGAAGAACAAGUCCAAGGAUGUCUCGGCUGAGGAACCCGCCGAUGAGACUGUCGAUGUUCCUGAGACACCCAAGGAAGAGACUGUUGUGCCUACUACCGAAGAGCCUGUGGCUCCCGAGGCUCCACAGCCAGAAACUCAGGAAGCAUCUCGCAGUCUGGCAGACGUUGAACAGCCAAUCGAAGAAUCAACACCUGUGGCCUCUGGCGAUAUCGCUGCCCCUGUUUUCUCCGAACCAACUAAAGAGGAGACAGAAGGUGAGGAUAAUUUCCAGGAAGCUGUUGAGGAACAGACUUCUCAGCCUGCCGAAGAGAAGGAGCCCGAGGUUGCACAAGACUACACACCAGAGCUUGUGCCAGAGCCUAUCGCUGAGCCUGUCGCUGAGCCUGUCGCUGAGCCUGUCGCUGAGCCUGUCGCUGAGCCUGUCGCUGAGCCUGUGGCUGAACCUGUUGCUGAGCCUGUCGCUGAGCCUGUCGCUGAGCCUGCCGCUGAGCCUGUGGCUGACGAAACCGCUGUGGCGAAUACCGACACCCAGGAGACCAAGGCCCAGAAAAAGAAGAACAAAAAGAAGAACCGAAAGUCCGCCGCUGUCGAAGAGAGCCCAGUUCCCACCGAGGAAGAGCCAACAUCUGCACCCGAAGGCGAGGUCCAGGAGGCCAAUCCGGAGGAGUCCGCCUCGACCGAACCUGCAGACAAUCAGACUGUUCCAAGUAGCGAGGAACCCUUGCCUUCUGAUCCCGAAGAACCUCCCAAGGAUGUCGAGCUUGCUUCUGAGACUCCUGCCCAAGAAUCUGCCACCGCACCAGAGCAAGAGCAAGAUAGCCCUCUACAUGAGGCUGCUGUUGAUGCCGCCCCUGCUCCAGUCGAAGUAGAAGCUCCCACAGACGAGUCCUCUCGUGAAAUCGCCGAGCCAGCUGCUGUUGAGAUUCAACAAGAGGCCCAGCCUGAAACCCCCGCUGAACCUGAACCUGAACCUGAAUCUCAAUCUCAAUCUCAACCUCAACCUGAAGCUGAGGCCGAGCCAGAGGUUGCCUUGACUGCUGCGGAAAAGAAGAAGGCAAAGAAGGAUAGGAAAAAGAAGAACAAGCAGAGUCAAUCUUCUGUUCCCGAUGAAGAACAACUACCUGCUGAGUCUGCGCCUACUGAGCCUUCUUCAAUUGUUCCCGAGGCUCCUGUCGAACCUGUUGUCAAGCCUAGUGUCGAGCCUGUUGUCGAGCCUAGUGUCGAGCCUAUCGUCGAGCCUACUGCCGAGACUGCUGCAGAGCCGGAUGUCGAGCAAAAUGCCGAGAAGGCUGAGGUCCUGGCUGAUGUGGCAGCACAAGAGACCGAGAAAGAGAUGCCCAUUGAGCUUGAGCAGUCCAUUCAGCCUGACGAGAUCACUGAGCCUGAGAAAUCUUCUGAGCCGGAGCAACCAGCCGAGCUCCAAGAUAAUCUUGAAGCCGAGCUGCCUCAAGAAGAUGUGGCUCCCGUCUCUAUCAUCGAGCCCAUUGCCGAGGAGACAAGUGCGGAGACUCCCAAAGACGAACCCACAGUACAGGAGGAACAAGUCCAGACAGAAGACGCCCCUGCGGAGCCCGAGGUGCCUAUGACCGCAGCUCAGAGGAAGAAAGCCAAGAAAGCAGCCAAGAAGAAGCAAGAGGAAGAGGCUGCUCUUGCCGCUGCUUCUGCAACGGCCAACCCCGCCGAAACCGAGCCUGUUCCCGAGGCUGAAUCUACUGAGACUCCUGGUCCUAUAGAUGACGCACCAGUGGUGGAAGACAAGCCUACUGAAGCCGAACAAGAGGCUGUGUCUACUGCUGAAAUUGAAGCUCCUGCCAUUGAGGAGACGAGCUUGCCAGUGGAGGCUGCGAUCACCGAGCCAAGCAAAGAUCUCGAGCCUCCCACUGAGGAUGCUCCCGCAGUAGCCGAUGCUGAGCCUCUUGAAGCCAGAACUGAUGUUGUGCCUCCAUCGGAGGAAUCUACCGCCCCUGCUGACCUGGCUCAGUCAGAGGACCCAAAGUUAGAAGAUGUAAUCCCAGCACCUGCCGAAGAAGCCACCCGCGCUGUUGAGACCGAAGUCACUCAAGAGCCAGAAGCACUAGCAGAGGCCGAAGUUCCAAUGACUGCAGCCGAGAAGAAGAAGGCUAAGAAGAACAAGAAAAAGCAGCAAAAGCAGUCUGAGUCUACCACCGCCGAGGAAGCUGUCCCUCCAGUCGAGGAGCCAAAUAACACCGAAGAAGUGCCCGUUCCUGAGCCCAUUGAGGUAGAGGUAGUCCCGGCGGCUGAAGUCGAGGCAAUAACCCAAGAGGAGCAGGCCCAAAAUGUUUCUACUGCGGACAAAGAAGCCAACAUAGAGCCUGUCUCAGAUGAGAUUGCAGCUGCAACUGAGCCCCUCAGCCAAGCCACGGAUGCUCAAGAAGCGGCUCCAGAGGUUGCCCCAGAGGCCGUCACUGAGCCAACUGCUCCUGCGGAAGAAGUCCCAGGAGAGCAGAAAGACGACGCUGCCUUGGACCAGCCUUUGGAGGAGAAGCCUACAGAUGAAAAGGAGCCUGUCACGGAGGAAACUACAAUCACUGAAUCUAACGAGGCAGCAGCAGCAGCAGCGGAGGAGGCUGCCAUGACCCCAGCUCAGAAGCGCAAGGCUAAGAAAGACAAGAAGAAGAACAAGGGACUCUCAGCCUCCCCCGAAGAGCAACAGCCUACGCUGGUUGAAGAGGAGUCGAAGGCUCUAGCUGUGGAGGAAGAGACUGUGGCUGCCCCUGUUGAGGACCCCACGCCUCCUCCUGUUGAGGAAGCUACAGAGCCCACCAUCCAGCCAGCCUUCACCGAGACAGAGACCGAAGUCCCUGUGCCAGCAGAGGAAGGGAUUCUUAAUGAAGCAUCUCCAGAGACAAUUCAACAGGAUGCCACUACCGAUCAAGCCGAGACUGAGAAUGCCGAGGCCACCGAGGCCGCUGAAGAGGCUGCCAUGACUCCAGCUCAAAAACGCAAGGCUAAGAAAGACAAGAAGAAGCGCCAGUCUCUUGCUGCCGAAGAUUCACAGGCUAUGCCUGCCGAGGAGGAGUCCAUUCCAGUGCCUGCUGAAGAGCCAAUUGAGCCCACACCCGCUGCAGAGUCCACAGAGCCUACAGAGCCCGUGUCAGCCCAGGACGUUGAGCAACAUCCCGCCGAAAAGGAGAUCGACGCUUCUCUCGUGGCAGAGGAGAUCAAACCUGGAGAACCAUUGCCUGAGAACACCCAAAUUGAAGCCCAUGCCAAUGAGGCGGAAAGUGAGGCCGCUGAAGAGGCUGCGAUGACACCCGCCCAAAAGCGAAAGGCCAAGAAAGAUAAGAAGAAGCGUCAGUCAGUUGCCGGCGAUGAACAGCAGACCACACCCGCCGAGGAAGAAAUCAAGGACACACCCGUUGAAGAAGAAUCAACCGUUGUGCCCACUGAAGAGGUCACUGAGCCCACUGCAGCAGAGUCUACCGAGCCUGCACUUGCUGAGAUUGAGCAGCCCACUUUGGAGAGGGAUGCUGAGCUCCCUGAUGUGACUGAAGAGGCCCCAAAAGCCGAAGACCCACUACCAGAGGGAGCCACUUCACAAGAUGCCCUUGCCGAUGAUGCAGCUGUUGAGGCCGCCGAAGAGGCUGCCAUGACUCCCGCUCAGAAGCGCAAGGCCAAGAAAGAUAAGAAAAAGCGUCAGUCACUCGCCGCUGAGCAACAGCCUGUGCCUUCUGAAGAGCAGCCCGCAGUUAUUGAAGAGGAGAUCAAGGCUAUGCCUACCGAAGAGGUAUCCUCCGAGCCUACACCAAGCCAGGACAAUGACCAUCCUGUCGUGACGGAGGAAGCCGAGACUCCUGUGGCACCUGAUGAAGCGACAAAGGCAGAGGAGCCCAAGCCAGAGGAGGCUACUCAGCAGGAUGCCCCCGCUGAUACCAUCACACCUGAAGCUGUGGAGGAAGCCAUGACCCCUGCUGAGAAGCGCAAAGCCAAGAAAGAUAAGAAGAAGAAGAACCGCAAGUCUGUCGCUGGGGGUGAUGACGAAAGUGCUUCUCAGGCCGACGACUCCAAGCCUGAGCAGGACUCCUCUGUGUCGCAAGAAAGGAUUGAGUCACGGGAUCCUCCCGCCGAGCCAAGUGUUCCUUUCGAAGUUGCUACCAAGGAGCUCCCCGUGACCGAAGAAGUGGCCGAGGCUGCCAUUGACAAGGAAGUCUCAGUACCCGAGACCGAUGUCUUGGGCGAGUCAGAGAAGAUAGCCGAGUCUGUUCCAUCCGAAGAAGUUAGGGAACUUACUGAGCAGGAACCUUCUGCCCUCGUUCAGGCCGAGGAUCAAUCCAAACCUGCCUCAGAGCCGCAGUCACCCAGCGGUCAAGAUGAAGAGGAACAAUCGGAGGCUGGUAUGACCGCAAAGGAGCGUCGCAAGGCGAAGAAGAACAAGAAGAAGGGCAAGUCUGUUGACUUGACCGAAGACGCCCCUAUUGAAAAUGAGGCGACAACCGAGACUCCUGCUGACACACCUGCCGAUACCACUACUGAGGCCGCGCCUGUCUUGGAGGAGGAAAAGCCUGUUGAGGCUGAGCUCGUCAGGACCGAGGAACCUGCGACAAUUGAGCCCACAACCGAAGAUUUGCCGAAAGAAGAGAAGAUCGAAGAGUCUCCUGCUAUCGAAAACGACACCGAGGUAGCCGAAGAAGCUGCCAUGACUCCGGCCCAGAAACGCAAGGCGAAGAAAGCCAAGAAACGCCAGUCCAAGCUUGCCGACGCCGACAACGACGCCUCUUCUGCCCCUGGCACCCCCGGUGAACCUGCCGAUAGCGUUGAAAAAGUCCUCACAUCGACGGACACCUCGGGACUCUCAGCCGUGAAGGCAGACUCGCCUGCGGAACAUGACGGUAAAGAACAUCAGUCCCACGACAUAGAUACCGCCGCGGCGCAAAAUUUGGCUUCGACUGAUGAAUUCAUGUCUUCGCAGGUAGAGCAGCCUCAGUUAGAGAGUCCUUUUUUAGAUUAUCCUCCCCAGCCCGUGCUUGAGCGUUCAGUCAAUUCCGGCGAGUUGGAGGAGGUACCUGCUCCGGAACAGGGUGACGAUGCCCCUGCUAUCCCAGAGCCCGAACCGUUGACGAAGGAGCAAGACCUUGAAGUUGGAGGUCAGAAGGAAGAUGGCGAGAAGCCACAAGAGGAGUUGGUUGAGCCUGCACUUGGUGCAGAGGAGAUAUCGUCUGUGCCGGAAGCAGACGAUCUCUCUGGAGAGAAAACUUUAGAAGAGCCGCCUGUGGAUGUGCCAGAUGAUGUUGCCCCGGAGGCACAGACAGAAGAAGCUCCUGUGGAGGAAAAGGCUUUGGAGACGGCUUUGUCGAAGAAGCAGAAUAAGAAAAACAAGAAAAAAAACAAGGAGGUUGAUGCUAUCGAGGAGGAAGCAUCAGCGAACCAGCUUGAACCGACGAUCGCUGAAGAAAAGGAACAGCCUGAAGCUGUGACUUUGACUGAAGCUGAAUCGGAACCACAACCAGAGGAGAAGGUAGUCGCCGAGCAUGAGCCCGAGCCUGCUGCGCAGCGUGAAGCAAUGCCAAGCUCAGACGAGCAACUCAUUGACCAGCCGGAGGAUGUUGAAGAAUCUUCCGCGGUCGUAUCAACCGAAGCUGCUCAGGCCACACUCGAGCCCACUGUUGCAGAGGCCGAACCGAUUGCCCCUGCUAGUGAAGAGGAGUCAGCACCCGCCGUCAAACUGAGCAAGAAGGAUAAGAAGAAGCAACGGCAAUUGCAACUUGCUCAGGAAGCUGAAGCUCAACAGCAGCCCGAACAGGUUCCAACUCCCGAGGUUACCGAAGCUACUAUUCCGGAGGCUGAGAUUGCGACUGAAACUGCACCAGCCGAGGAAGAACCGCAAGAUGAGCCCGUUGCUGGUGCAGAGGACGCUACCCUCCCUCCGCCCGAUGUUGCGGUAGAGGCCGAGGAAAAGGAUCAACAGCUAGCCCCAGAGGCUGAAGAGCCGACCGCAACACAAGUGCUUGAAACUGGAGAGCACUCAAUCGAACCUCCCUCAAACGAUCUGAAUACGGAGGAGAUUGUGGAAGAGCCUGUCACCGAGAUCCCAGCAGAGAACCUUGAGGUUGAGCAACCCGCAGAGCAAACCCCCACUGAGCAUGUCGAAGCUGAGCCUGAGACGAAGAAGCUCAGUAAGAAGGAGAAAAAGAAGGCUGCUGCUGCGGCAGCAGCUGCCGCUCGGCUUGCCGUGGAGAUUAACGACAAGGAAGUGACUGUCGCUGAAGAGCCAUUGGUUUCUGUGCCGCAAGCUCCAUUGGAGCCCACUGAGCAACCAGUUGUUGAUGAGUCCCAGCUCCAGGUAGAAAAGAGCCUUGACGAGGCGCAAGAGCUGGUAGCCUUCGAGACAAAGGAAGAUGCACCCGCUGAACAACAGGCUAUCGAGCCAGAGUUGACUCCCGAGCAACCAGCAGAAGAGGUUGUCGAGGAACCGAUUGCGGCCGAGCCGAAGCAAGAACAAGUUGAACUGAUUGAGCAUAAUUCUCCCGCCCAAGAGGCUGUUCCCAUCUCCGAGCCUGAAACGACAGAGGCUGCUUCCGAAAACAUUACCAAGGAGAUCCCUGCCCCAGAGGCUGAGUCUGCCAUUCAGGACCCGCAGAAAAUUUCUAUGCAGCCCGAGCCCGAGAGCAUCGCAUUGGAGGACAAGCAUCCCCUGGUGAGCGAGCAAGACAAUGACCUCGUUCCUCAGGACCCUUUCAAUGCGCCCAAGCCCGCGGAAGCUGUAGCCUGGGAGCAGUCAACCUCCGAAGAGCCCAUUAAAGCAGAGGAGACGAGCAAUGCCCAUCUCGAGAAGGAACUUGGAACCGCAGAGCCUUCCGUGCAAGAAAUUGAAAAAGCAGCUGAUCCCGAAGACUUACCCGUGGACGUUGAAGUGACACCUGCUUUGUCCAAGAAAAAGUCAAAGAAGGACAAGCGCAAGGCCAAGAAGGAUGUCAGCGAAGAUGUCCCGGAGGAGCAUCAAGCCGAUGUUGCUGAAGAGUCCAGAGAGAUUGGCAGCCAGCCAGCAGAAGCCGUUGCAGAGCUUGAAGUUCCACGCGACCUUGGUGCUGCCUCGGAGCCUACACCACUUGCGGAGCGAGAGCUGCCCAUUGACGUUCCAUUUGUGACGGAUGAACAGCCUGCGUCUACACCUGCGUCUGCACCUGCACCUACACCCGAGGUUGAGCCCGAGACUGUUGAGUCGAUGCAGACUGAGCCGGAGCAUUUCUCCGAAGAAGAAACUUCUCUUUCGCGCAAGGCCUCCAAGAAGAAGGCGAAGAAGGCCAAAAAGGCCAGCCAAGGCUUUGACGCCGAGCCACAAACUGAGACCUCGAACGAAACUGAACGAGCUGUCAUCGCGCCCUUUGAAGAAGACGCCCCCAAGCCUCAAGAUACCGAUCUUGCAGAUGCCCCCGUCGAGAAGCGAAUCCAGGAAGACGAGAACUGGCCCGCAAUUGACUGGGAGCAUGCAAAGGGUGAACAUGGGCAGCAAUUUCAAGAUACAGCUCUUGAGCCUGAGUCCGAAUCUGUGAUCCCGCCAACAGAGACCAUUGGGGAAUUUGAGGAUGCUUCAACAUCCAAAGAUCUACAACAGCAUACAGAUGCUGCCGAGGAAGAUGCUUGGGCUGCGCCGCUGAGCAAGAAAGACAAGAAAAAGGCCAAGAAGAACAAGAAGCAGUCACAGCAAGCAGAUGAACCCCAAUCUUUGCCUGAGAUUUCCAAUGAUAAGAGCAGCGAGCAAACCGCCUUGCAAAGUCUACCAGAACCUACACAGACUACGAGAGAGUUCGAACCCCCUACUCGGACAACUACGCCUGGGGGAUCUAAGAUUGCCAACCUAUUCCCCGGGUUGGAGCGUGGUGGGUUCAAGCGGCCCAAAACACCAUCGCUGAAUGAUAGUGCUGAGGAAGAGACAGGAGUGGGAGCCAGUCGCGACAUUGCUCUCCCUGUUUUGGAGGCACCUAAGCCGACGUCUGAAGUCACAGAGGUUGCCAAAGAUACCAGUGACGAGCUUUCCAGUAGUCUCCAGCAGCAAAUCGAGUCCGCAAUUUCGCACAAGGCUCCAGUCGAAGUUGCUACAGCUACAGACGAACAAUCAAGAGAGCUAGACUUCCCGGUACAAAGCGAGAAGUCCUUGGAUGCACCAUUCGCGCAUCCAGAGCCCACCCAGGAACCGUCAUCUCCUACCAAGAGCCAUGUAUCGCAGGUGGCAGCCGGAGAAGACCUCUCUGGACUACGCCGCUCCCCAUCUAUCCACGGACGACAUGAAAAGACACCUCGUACGUGGAGUUUAGAUGAGCCUUCCGUACCAGCUCUCGCCCCAUCUCCCCCUCGCUCACUCUUUGGCCCUGACGAUGCGUACACCCGGCCCCGAACUCCGCUUGAUACGAUUGCCGAACAAGAACCACGGGAUGGCCGUGGAUCAACCAAGGGCCGCCGCGGGACGCCCCGUCUGGAGAUCAAACCCGAACAUGUUCUCCCACGACCUCAAACUCCUGUGCGCAAAUUUACUGAUACUGCGUUCGAUCGGGAACAAUGGCCUACGCCUGAAAACGAGAGUCGAAAGGGCUCACGAGAAGAUCUCAAACGCGAAGUUACCAAGACGCCCGAGCAGAUAUUGAGGCCCAGCACCAGCAGCGGUAAGCUGCGUCGGACGAAUCGCAGCGCUAGCGGCGAUCUGCGGGCGGCUAGUCUGGCGGGUUCCCAGCCUUCGGACCUUGAUCAGCUUCCCUCUUCUUCCUCUUACGACCCCGUCACCGACAAGGGCAAACGUCCGGUGCGAAAUAUGUCGGAUGUCUAUGAGGGAUGGGGUGAAACGCCCAACUCCCCACGGUCGCCCAGUCGACCGCCUAGUGUCCGUCGCCGCCGCAGCAUGCAACACUUGCAAGAUAUCGAAACUCGUCUCGAUCAACUUAUUUCCGAAAAUCGUCUGCUCAUCGCCGCUCGUGAUGAAGCUGAAUACAAUUUAAAACACUCUAGCGUCGCUCGUCGGAAGAGCGACCGGGCUCUCAACACCCGCGAUGGCGACUUGCGCGACAAGGAAGCCGAAGUGGAACAAUUAAAGAGCUCGGUGGAGUGGCUGCAGAAGGAGACAACCCGUUUGACUCAGGAGAACGAAGGGUUGACAGCGUCCAAUGCUGCCCUUGCCGCCGCCCACGCUGCCGAAGUGACCACCGUCCGCGAAUCCUCUACGCGGGAACUCGACGACCUCCGAUUGCAACACACUGAGCUUUCAUCUGAGGUGGACAAACGAGUCCGUCAAGAGAUAGAAUCAGCUCUUGCACAAAAAGACAUCGAGUUGCGUCGUCUUCGCACUGAACUUGAGGAGACUCGCGACAAGGUCAAGGAGCUACAACAACAAAUCUCAGCGUCAGUCAAUGACAAUGCUCUCGUCUUCCGAGACGAGGAAUACUUUGACGCUGCUUGCCAGAAGCUCUGUGGCCAUGUCCAAUCCUGGGUACUGCGCUUUUCCAAGCACAAUGACAAGCGUCGCUGCCGCUCACUUAGUGAAUUGCGUGACGAGAAAAUCGCAGACCGAUUCGACAAUGCCCUUCUCGACGGCUCCGAUCCCGAUGCUUACCUUUCCGACCGUGUUCGACGCCGCGAUGUGUUCAUGUCGGUGAUCAUGACCAUGGUCUGGGAGUAUGUCUUCACUCGCUACCUAUUUGGUAUGGAUCGUGAGCAACGUCAAAAGCUCAAAUCCCUUGAGAAACAACUAGGUGAAGUUGGCCCAAGCCGCGCUGUCCACCGCUGGCGAGCCACCACCCUGACCCUCCUCUCUCGGAGACCAGCCUUUGCCGCUCAACGCGAGAGCGAUACAGAGGCGGUCACCCUAGAGAUCUUCAAGACCUUGUCUAAGUCGCAACUCUUGGACAGCCUUCGCAAGAUCAUGCGAGUCGCAGUCAAUCUGUCCCUGGAGAUGCGCACUCAGCUGGCUGAGUUUAUUAUGCUCCCGCCCCUGCAGCCAGAGUACGAUACCAAUGGCGACCUCGCACGGCAGGUGUAUUUCAACGCGGCACUGAUGAAUGAGCGCAGUGGUCUCACCAACGACAAUGGCGAGCUGGAAGCCCAGCAGUCCGUCGUCCGCAUUGUGCUCUUCCCUCUCGUCGUCAAAAAGGGCAAUGACGUGGGCGAGGGUGAGGACGAAGUUGUCGUUUGUCCCGCUCAAGUUCUCAUUGCCCGUCCCGGCAAAGACAAAAGAGUAUCACGGAUGAUGAGUGGUGAUCGUAUGUCCAUCGAUGCCACCAAGUCCGUCCACAGCAUGGCACCGUCAUCUAUGAUGGACAUGAGUAAUGUGAUCUGA